CACGUAAUUUAUAUAUUAUAUUAAGAUUAGAAUUGCAAUCAGUUAUGGCUAAAUAGCAGUAUCUGAGGAUCCGAGGCGCGAUGGUCUGCAGCUGGGGGCCCCCGUUAGUCCUCUAGGAACUCCCGGUGCUAAGGCGCGGGGCGUCUCGGAGGGAGACUCGAACCUCGGACCGCCUGCUCACUAGGCUGGAUGGAGAGAAGAUCACUAACGAUCUAAUAUAUCUGUUAGUCCAGUGGACUCUAGGAAGAAACUUCGCACUCGCCGGCGAGUGCGGUGAUAUAUGUAUGCUAUUUUUGAAAUACAAGGAUUAGUAGCCCCAGUGUUUACUCCUAUAACGGAUACGGGAGCAGUGAAUCUGGAUGUUAUACAAAAAUACGCGCAGUACCUCACAAUUAACAGGAUUACUACGGUUCUAGUAGGUGGAACUACGGGGGAAUUCGCCUCAUUAAAUGUACAAGAGAGAAAUGAAGUGCUGGAUGCUUGGUUGGAAGCUGCCAAGCCUCUCAGGAUGAAGGUUAUUGCUCAAGUCGGAGGCGCCUCCCUACCCGACGUGCUUCGGAUGGCGGAACAUGCAGAGAAUGCCAAGGCAGACGCGAUAAUGACAUUGCCAGAACUCUACUUCAAGCCCAAAACAACGGAGCAUGUGGUAUCUUACCUGGACGUGGUAAGCAGGGCUGCACCAAGCUUACCCUUGCUGUAUUACCACUUUCCAAUGAGGACGGGUGUCAACGUGAAUGCAGCAGAAUUUUUCACAACCGCUGCAAAGAGGAUACCAAACUUUAUGGGCAUGAAAGCUGAUUUGCAAGUAGCUGUACAAGUCGGUAGUCACCUGACAGAUGGACGAAAAGUAUUUAUUGCAAAUCAUUUGCUCGGACCAUCAGCACUUUUAGGGCACGACUCAAGUAUCGCAACAGUAAACAAUAUGUUUCCAACUCUGAGCAAAGACAUCGUUGUGUCUACUAAGAUUGGUGAUGUCACAAAGGCUAGAACUCUGCAAGAGAAGUUGAAUUUACUGGUUGAUGGCAUCAUGUCUAAUGGUGACUUUGUACCAUCUAUGAAAGUUGCGAUGGAAGUUAUAACAGGAGUGAAGGUUGGACCGCCAAGGUUUCCGCAGAAGCCUUGUGAUGAACUAAUGCAAGCACGCAUCGAGGAACAUCUUAGAACAUUCGGUUAUUAAUUUUCUUUUUAAAAAUGUUUAAGAUAAAUUUAUGUUCAAAUUAAAAAUAGUUUUGUUUUUA